AUGAGCUCACCUUCGGGUGCCACCGAAGAGCAGCCUGGGACUCAGCAGACAAUCAUCAGCAGCACAGACACACAAAGCCUGCUGUCCGUCACCCUGGGAUCUACGGAGACAAGCGGAGUGCCCCUGUCGGCCAUGAAGCUGAUGAACGGGGUUGGGGGAGGCAGCGCGGGAGGGUCCGGAGGAGGGGAGAAGACGGCUUUCUCCUUCAAGAAGUGCUCGGCUUUUCAGUUCGUCAAGAGGAAGGUGCGGAGAUGGAUGCGGAACCCCAAAGUGAGCGUGGAGAAGGCCCAGGGGAAAGGCCUACUGUACCCCUGUUCUCGGUGCCCUCUGUCGGAUGAGCUCUGGUACACCCACUUCCCCUCUCCCUAUGGGUGCUGCCACAACUCUGGUCUGCAGGGGGGCCUCUACUAUCACCCCGAUCCCACCUGCCACUGCACCACCAGCUCCCAGACCUGCUCGGACAAGAGCAAGGGCUGCAAGGUGAGAAAGUGGAAGAUGCUGUCGCGUCACCACUCGGACAAGCAGAGGGAGAUGGAGGUGGACAUGGGGGGCUGUCAGGCCUGGGGGGUCCACAGCCCCCAGCUCCUGGCCUCUCCUGUGAUGAUGGAAUGUUCCAUCUGCAGUGGGCCGUACAUCUCCUACGCUCUGGAGGACAGUUGGCAGCCGCGGCAGCGCACACAGGCAAUGGACCUGUAUUACCACAAUGACUCAGAGCCAGACAACUACUGUUGCCCCAGCGACAACAUUUGUUGGUUCUCUGAAAGCACCGUCUUCUCGCUGUUGCUCACGUUGCCAAGUCCACAGGUGCACACUGCUAAUUGGUAG